AUGGCUUCCGAACGUGUGCGGCCAUCUCAGCGCUUUCAGCGCCUGCUGGAUCAGCUUUCUCAAUGUCAUGAAGAGGAGCUGAAUCGCACCGUGCCGACAUGGCUCUCGGCAGACGUCGACAGGGUUCGCCACGAGCUGACCUGCCCAAAAUGCAGCUUCAACUUGAAUGUCGCGCUGCCAAAUUCGGUGAACGAAGACGCGAAGUGGGGAACGCGUGUACGAGCGCCAGUCCAUUCAGACACAAUCUGUAGUGGUUCUGGCAUCCGAGUGGAAGAGAUCACUUCUCCUCCUGUGCCACGACCUGUAAAUCUGUUGACUGUGGCCGACGCGAUGCCCCUGAAGUUGAGGGGGGACUUGGAUGCCACUCCACGGAGUUCGGAAAGUGAUGUGUCCGAGCUGGAGGACGAUCAGGAGCCAGCAGCGCCGAGAAUCACCAAUGCAGUUUCCGGAGUUUCCGGCAUCUCCGGCGUCACGUCACGCCGCUCUCGAUCUCAAGGUGCUGAUGAGCGUUUUCCUCUGCGCCGCCUGUGGGCCUUGGAGAGCAAAGUGACAACCAUGCGUGUGACACGAAGAGCUGCUAGCAAAAGCAAGUCCAUUGAGUUGGAGGACACCCUCUCUGGUUCAGCACAGGCACAACAGGAGUCUGAAGGCUACACCGCUGCCAUGGCGGACUGGAGACGUCGCCUGAUCUCCUACCCCAGCAGCCUCCACCGCUUGGUUUGGGACAUGAUGGGAGGUCUCUUGAUUAUGUACGACCUCUUUGCAGUUCCGCUUCAAGCUUUCGAUCCGCCGGAAUCAACAGCGGGCCUUGCAAUGGACUGGAUCACGCUGGUCUAUUGGACGAUGAAUGUGGGAGCUUCCCUUACGACUGGCUACGUCGAGGAAGGCAUCACGAUCAUGGACCCCUCGCUGAUUGUCCUCCGCUAUCUGAGGACUUGGUUCAUUGUGGACUUGGUCGUGCUUGGACCGGACUGGGUCUUCACCAUCAUUGCAUCGGAUUCUGGCAAUGAGGUGCGGAUGCUACGGGUCGUGAGGCUUGCGCGAGUGAUCCGCUUGUUGAGACUCGUACGCUUAAAGCGUUUGUUUGAGAAGAUCGAAGAUGCCCUCGAUUCUGAGUACUACAGCGUGCUCUUCAAUAUCUUCAAGAUGAUGCUGCUGCUCUUCACUGUGAACCACGUGAUUGCAUGUGCCUGGUAUGCGCUGGCAGAUCUCGCUUCAGCGGGAGGCGUCAACACGUGGGUUGACACAUUGCGCCUCACAAUGAGCUUAGAGUCUUUCGACUGGGUACAUCUGUACCUGGUGUCCCUGCACUGGAGCCUCACCCAGUUCACCCCAGCAGGCAUGGACGUAACACCGACAAACGAGAUCGAGCGGGGCUUCACGAUCGGUGUUGUGAUUUUUGCUCUGGUCGGCUUUGCUUACGUUGUGGGAAGCAUAACAGCAAGCCUUGGCCAGCUGCGCGCCAUGUCCGAAGAGGCCUCCAAGGACUUCUGGCAGAUGCGGCGCUUCUUGAACCAGAACUCGGUUGACCACAUACUUGCUGCACGAAUCCAACGAUUCGUCGAGUAUGCUUACACCCGGCAGCAAAAGACCAUGUCCAUCAACCAAGUGAAGGUCCUCUCUCUGCUAUCCAAGCAGCUGAUGGAGGAGCUUCAGUCCACCAUCAACCAGCCACACAUGAAAGUGCACCCUCUCUUCAACUUCCUCAACGAGCCGCUUUGCUUUCCGAAAAAGGGUACUACAAUAGCACUUAUGGGUAGUUUUCUAAAAUAG